AUGUCAGGAGAAAAAGAGAACAGUAAGCAAUGGAAAACAAUACCAUUAGACUCCAUAUCAGAAGAAAAAUUACAAGAUCGUUACAAUUUGAUAUUAUCAAUUAAAGAAUACGCAAAAAAGGAUGAAUUUAUAAAAACUUUCCUACAAAAAAUAUCAGCUGCGAAAGACGCAGAAGCAAAAAUAUUGAAAGCUUUAUACUUGUUAUCAAUCCCACCUUCAUAUUCAUACAAACAUACUUACGAAUAUGCAUUAUCAAUUUUAGAAGAAACCAAUAAAUUCCAUGAUAAAAUUAAAUUCAACUUUGCAUUCCAACUUGUUGAGGCUGCAUCACAUUUGAAUAAAGCUGAAGAAUUAUAUGAAAAUCCAAAACUUAAAACAAUUCUUAAUGAAAAGGAACCACAUAUGUACGCUGUACUACACUUAGCAUUAUGCAUCGCAUCUAAUCAUCCUACUAGAGAUACAUAUACUCUUCCAAAAGAUUUAAGAAUUUCAGCUUUAAUACUCUUCUACAUGGGCAAAAACGGACUCUAUCUUUCAGAAUUCGAUGUGGCUGCCCAAUAUUUCAUGCAAACAAUUCACUAUGCCCGCGAUUCUUAUGAUAUCAAAAAAUCUGCGAAUAAUUACUUAUCUCUUUCCUUAUUCUUAGCAGGAGAUUCUAAGAGAUCAUUUGACACCCUCUGUGCCAAAGAUGUUGCAACAGAUCAAGAAUUUUUACAAUUUUGGGAAUUCGACCACAAUGUUGCCAGUUUGAAAAUUCCAAAAGAAGCUUCCUUUUUAGCUGAACCUAUCAGACACCAAUACUCUAUUAGAGUUCUUCGUGAUUUUGCUCAAACAUGUAAAUCUGUUCAAAUCGUAUAUAUUUCUGAUGUUCUUGGUAAAUACACCGACAGUGCAAUUCAUGCCCUUACAAAUUCCGGUGAAUUUGAAAUUAUAACUGAUGAAGAUGGAAAUAUCGACUUCAUCGAGUUGGACAUUUCACAAAUAGUAGAAGAAAGGAAGAAGGAAGUUAUUGAAUUGUCAAAGAAAGCUCCUGAUAUGUUCGUUUCUAAAUAA